UGCAGGCUGGGAGUGGUCGGACCGACGGUAUAAAAGAGAACUCGUCUUCCUUCUUUCUGCAUUCGACUUCUCUCUGCCUCCUCUUCCUCAUACCUGAGACCAGCACAGGAUGUCAUCGUGGGACCAAUACCUGGACAGACUGAAGGUGCCUUCGGUCACAGAGGCGGCCAUCUACGGGUUGGAUGGGAAUGUAUGGGCCACCACAAAAGGCCUGGAGGGCUUGACGGUGGAGCAGAUUAAGUACCUGGCCGGUAGCUCUGAGCCGAUGUCUAUGUCCGGUCCCAAGCUCGGCAACAUGAAGUGCAUGCUGCUCAAAGACGACCGCUCGAAUCCAAUGAGUCUGUGUCUGCACCUCAGGACCUCACAGGCCGACGGGAAACUACCCGUGUGUGUGGGCAAGACCCACAAAGCUUUACUCAUUGUCAUUGGUUCUGCUUCCGGUGGUCAGCUGACUGAUGCCAUCUACAAGCUGGUCACUUACCUGAAGAACAACAACUACUAGGACUCCUGUUCCCGCCAAAACAAGAUGCCCCCCCCCCCCCACACACACACACACGUCUGAAGAAGGCGCUCUGAGCUUCUUCACUUUUAUUAUUUUAUUUCUGCCAUCAGGGAAAAUGAAAAGUGUUCAAAGUUUGAGUUGAGAUCGACCUGACUGCAGUGUUACUGUUCUUAUCACACACCGGGAAAUAAAGCCUUUUAUUCUGAAAAAC